ACAGUCAUAAUUUUUAAAAAUUUUCUAAACAAUUGCGCUAUUUUCCAUUAUUUAGCUUCGUAUGUAAUUUAAUUUUAUUGAGAAUUUUGCUAAAAAUUGAAAUUUAAAAAUGCCUUCAACAUUAGAAUUGUGUGAAAAAUAUUUUGGCACCCAAGACAUAUAUGAAAUUUUAAGUAUUGAAAAAACUGUGUCCGACAAAGAAAUUAAAAAAGCUUAUUAUAGAUUAUCGUUAAAAGUUCAUCCAGACAGAGUUCCAGAAGAAGAAAAGCAAAUUGCUACAGAAAAAUUUAAGGUGCUUUCCAAGUUAAAUGAGGUUUUAACAGAUAAAAAUAAAAAGAGCUUGUAUGACGAGAAAGGUAUUAUCGAUGAUGAUGACGAUGAAGGUAAAUUAGGAACUUGGUUGGAACUUUGGAGGAAAAUUUUUAAACCAAUUACCAAGGAAGAUAUCGAUAAUUUCAAAAAGGAAUAUAUUGGCUCCGAUUUAGAAAAAAGAGAUAUACUGAAAGCCUACACAAGUGGAAAAGGUUGUAUAGAUUAUAUGAUGCAAUGUGUACCAUUCAUGGACAUUGAAGACGAGCCACGAAUUAAGGAUAUAGUUUUACAAAUGAUCAAGAAUAAAGAAGUCCCAGAAUAUAAAAUAUUUACUAAUGAGCCGGAGUCGAAGAAAAAAAGAAGACAUAAGAAAUACACAAAGGAAAGAAAAGCUGCUGCAAAAGAAAUUGAAAAAAUUAACAAAAAAGAAAGUCUAGAACAACAAAUCAUGAAAAAACAGCAAGAAAGAUCGAGUGCAUUUUCAUCACUUAUAGAUCGAUUAAGCCAAAAAUACGGAAAUGAAGAAAACGAAUCAGAUGAUCCAGAAUUUGAUAUUUCCAACUUAUAUUCUAAAAAGAAAGCAGCUAAAGGGAAAAAAUCGGAAAAAGCCAAAAAAGAAAGUAGUGCAAAGGCGAAUGAUCGAAGAGUGAAAAGAGGGAGGGUUACAAAAAAAUAAUAGAAUAUUACAUUUAUGCCACUGAAGCUUAGAUUUCAGUAUUUAUUGAUUCUCAUUUUUAUAUGUUUGAAAAUAUUUUGUUAGAAUAAAAUCAUUAAAACAAAAAAUGCUGGAUUUGCUUAAACUUAAAA